CUUGUUUGGUGAAUGAAAGGAAUUUUAUAGUUCUUCAAAGAAUCCAAAGGCAGCAUUUACAGCUUUCAUAAUGGGACAAUAUUCUGACUAAAUGUUCAUUAAUAACAAUAUUUCAUGAUAUAAACGUAUUGUGUGUAUUAUGUUGGCAACUAAGUUCCCGCCGUUUUUCUUUUUUUAUUAAAAAUUUUUUAAAGGUUUAAUAAGAAAUAACAACUUAUUAAUCUAUAAUGUAUUCACUCUUGUUGUUUACAACUUCUUCCCAACGUUCAACAAGAUUUUCAAUACCUCGUUGGUAGAAAUCACCCGAUUUCGAUUCGAAAAAUUGAUCCAACGAAGCUCUCAAUUCUGCAUCAUUACUGAACGAAACUUUGCGCAUAGCAUUUGAAAGAGAUCGAAAGAGGUGGAAAUCCGUUGGUGCCAAAUCAGGAGAGUAAUGCGGCUAUGGAAGUACUUCCCAGCCAUGCGUUUGAAUGGCUUCCUUGAUCAUAUUGGCGAUAUGAGGGCGGCGUUGUCGUGCAGAAGAAGAACUCCAUGUUUACAUGGACAUUUGCAUUCCUGUACACCUUUGAACAAAUUGAAGAAUUCUCUCUAAUAUUUUAUGUUUUCAAUUCUUUUAUUGGAUUAUUUAUUUGUCUAUCAUUUUUGUUCACAAAGAUCGUCUGCCGCAAUAUACUUAAAAGAUUUCGUCAUGUUUCAAAAUGGCCUUCCACCAAACUGAGUGAUAUAUCUUCAACUUCUCAGAAAACUUUAUCGACACAAAUACCAACGAAAGUUACGUUUCGGUAGUACAAGAAAUGUUGUUCGGUGAACGAAACGAAUUUUAUUGUUCUUGAAGCAAACAAAGACAAACAAUAUUUUUGGCCACCAUGAUGAGGUAUACACUUUGUCCUCCAAUUCUUCAAGAUUUCAAUAAAUUCUGCAUUGUUUUCUACAGAGUUUCGAAGCGUAAUAUUUAACCUUAAUUUACUUAAUCAUGAACUUCAGUAUUUCCUACGGAACAAUCUAUCAAAGAGAAGUUAGAAUAUGAUUACUUCAAAACAUAGUCUUGUAUUUCAUCAAGACAUAAUGGAAAUAUUUGUGACAAACUUUUUAAUAUACAUCUUACUGAUAAACCACACAGUUCAAACAUCAACUAUAAACAGAACAGAACCCUUCAAUUGUCCACCAGUUUUGUGUUCUGAAAGCCCCUGGACAGACCGCUGUUCAUGUCAGCAAGACUGCUAUUUAUACGAUGAAUGUUGUUCCGACCGUCUUAAUCACACAAAUUCUGACCUCGAGCCUCCAUAUCCCUCAAUGUCUUAUAGCUGUAACAAUAUUAAUGGAAGAAAUUACUAUCAAUUUCACCGCUGUCCAACUAACUAUGAUAUAACGGAACAUGUGAACAACUGUGAAAAUCCUAACUCAGACGAACAGCUACAUCAUGUACCUGCUUUUGGUAAAACAAGUAAAAAACUCUAUAGAAAUUUAUAUUGUGCUCUCUGUCACGGAGAACAAUAUAUUUUGUGGAAGAUUUCUUACCAAUGUUUCUUUAAGGAUGAUAAUCCAAAUGUCACUGUUGAUAACUUUUUAUAUAUUUUCAAUAAAAAAAAUUGUGAGAUAUACAAACAAGUACCUUCUGAAGAAUUUUACCAAUAUUUGUAUAGAUGCACUCCUUUUGUUUCAGUGUGUGCGCUACAUAAUACCAAUAAAACAUUAGAACAUCUAUGUGAGCACAAGCCAAUGAGAGUUGUCAACGCAAAUAAUACAGCCUUUAGAAAUAUUUACUGUGCACUUUGUAAUGGUAUUGAUGCUGACGAUAUCCAGUGCCACAUACAUGAAACGAACAUUUUUUCAUAUUCAAGCAAAGUGUUUUCUCUAACGGCAGUUUUUAAUUUCCAUACCAAUUCUAUAGAAAUACAAAAUAUGGAGACAAACAAAGGAAAUACUGUUCUGCAACUACCCUCCUGUCCGAAGCAUGCAGUCUACGAUAUGAAUACAAAGCAAUGUCGACAAGUUAUCUACCACCCGCAACUAAACUGUACAACAACAAGUCUAAAUGAAUCUGAGUAUUAUAUCACUAGUGAUGGUCGUCUCUACUUAAAUAAUACCCAACGUUUACUGAACCAAUCAGAAUUCAGUUUCGAUGAAGAUGGUACAAUAAUUAUUUGUGUAAAAAAUGUUACCACAGUGUUACCAAAAUAUUCUGAGGCUGAAACUUAUAUCACGUUAGUGGGGCUUAUAUUUUCUAUCCCUGCUCUAGCAAUCACUAUUAUAAUCUAUCUCUGCAUACCUGAUCUCCAUACCUUACCAGGUAAAUUACUCAUUAGUCUUUUAUCAGCAUUGUUUGUAGCUGAGCUUCUCUUUCUUAUUUCAUCACAAGUCACUACAUCUACAAUUCUGUGUACAUCUUUGGCUAUUGUGAUACAUUAUUCUUUUCUAGCGAGUUUCUUCUGGAUGAAUGUUUUAUCUUUCGAUGCCUGGUACACAUUCUCAGGACUUACCCAACUUCGAAUUAAAAGAAACGGUACCAAGAGACUUGUAUUUUAUUCCUUGUAUGCUUGGAUCUGUCCACUUGUCAUAGUAACAAUAUCACUGAUAUUUGAGUACACACCUGGAAAUCAUGGACUUUCUCCAGAAUAUGGAAAUGGCAUUUGCUGGAUUACAAACGGAAAAAGUCUGCUAUGGUUAUUUGCAUUCCCUGUUAUGCUCAUUUUAUGUCUUAACACAACAGCAUUUAUCCUCACUACCAGAGGGCUAUAUGUGGCUAGCAAACUUUCUGCGAAAUAUUUAUCAGAACAUAAUAAAUUGGAGUUCAUUGUUUGCAUAAAACUGUUUUUUAUUAUGGGACUUACGUGGACAUUUGCAUUCCUGUAUACCUUUACAAAAAUUGAAGAAUUUUCUCUAAUAUUUUGUAUUUUAAAUUCUUUUAUUGGAUUAUUUAUUUGUCUAUCAUUUCUCUUCACAAAGAUCGUCUGCCGCAAUAUACUUAAAAAAUUUCGUCAUAUUUCAAAAUGGCUUCCGCAAGAAUCGAGUGAGAUGUCUUCAACAUCUCAGAGAACUUUAUCUACACAAAUACCAACAAAAGUUACGUUUGAAUAGUACAACUUGUUCGGUGAACGAAACGAAUUUUAUAGUUUUUCAUACAAAGGCAAACAAUAUUUUCGGCUUUCAUAAUGGGACAAUAUUCUGACUAAAUGUUCAUUAAUAACAAUAUUUCAUGAUAUAAACGUAUUGUGUGUAUUAUGUUGGCAACUAAGUUCCUGCCGCUUUUUUUUUUAAUUUAAAAUGUUUAAAAGGUUUAAUAAGAAAUAACAACUAAUUAAUCUAUAAUGUAUUUACUCUUGUUGUUUACAACUUCUUCCCAACGUUCAACAAGAUUUUCUAUACCUCGUUGGUAGAAAUCACCCGAUUUCGACUCGAAAAAUUGAUUCAACGAAGCUCUCAAUUCUGCAUCAGCAUUGAACGAAACUCUGCGCAUAGCAUUUGAAAGAGAUCGAAAGUGGUGGAAAUCCAUUGGUGCCAAAUCAGGAGAGUACGGCGGCUAUGGCAGCACUUCCCAGCCAUGCGUUUGAAUGGCUUCCUUGGUCAUACUGGCGAUAUGAGGGCGGCCGUUGUGCAAAGGAAGAACUCCAUGCUGCCGAUUAGGUCUUUUCUCUUGAAAAGCCAUGUUCAGUCGCUCCAUCUGUUGAAUAUAGAGCUCUACGUUGACCGUUUGGUUCCGUUCAAGCAAUUCGUAAUGGAUAAUCCCUUCCCAGGCCCACCAUACGCACAACAUCGUUUUACGCGGAUGAAGAUCUUGUUUCACGCGCGGUGUCGCUUGUUUACCGGGGCUAAACCAUUUCUUACGCUGCUUCAUAUUGAUGUACAGGCACCAUUUUUCGUCGCCAGUAACGAUUCUGUAAAGAAAUCGUUGCUUGUGACCAUGAGUUGAGCGGUGACGAGCAAGCAAACCAGCGAAGAUCGUGGCUCGUUGAUUUUUGUUGUUGUCACUUAAAGCAUGCGGAACCCAUGCUCCAUACUUCUGAACCUUUCCCAUCGAGUGAAGAUGCUUCUCUAUAGCAGUGUCGGAGCAUUCCAUUUUCUCUGACAGUUCUCUUGUUGUUUGAUGAGAAUUUUCGUGCAAAAGUUUGUUUAAUCGCUCUUCAUCCAACUCAACUGGACGGCCAGAACGAGGUGUGUCUUUGAGGUCAAAAUUUCCAUUUUUUAACAAUCGCGAGCGGUUCUUCCAGCUAGCUAUGGUACCCGCUCCAUACACAGCAUAAAUGUCGCGAACAGCUUUUGCGGCCUUAGAACCUUCAUUAAAAGCAAAAAAAAGGUGUCGAAAA